AGAUUUAAGGACUCGGAGUACAGAGUGUUCGAUGAUCAGCUUUUCGGAGGUUUCAAUGUGGACAGCCUGGAGAUAGAACAAGCUACGCGUGUGUUUUUUUUUUUUUUUUUUUUACUGGCUGUUUGCACAUGCAGUCCUCGGGAAAGUUAAAGGGGCCCGGUCUCAUUGGAGGGCGCAUAGUAAGAGGGCAGCUGGAAGCAAAGGCAACUGAUGGUCUUCUCUGAUCAGCACGAAGUAUUUUGCACUAAGGAGGAAUUCAUGGGAAGGGGGAGGCGCCCGAGCGAGGCGAGCGGCACGACUGCUGCCAGAAUUUGACAAUUAACCUUGAUGAGCACAGAUUGGUUUCACUUAACAGGCGCAGGUGCGUGGAGUUGGCGAUACGGCGCAGCUGAGCGAUUCCACGUUUCUGACUGUACGGUGACGCAUUUUAUGCCAAACAGAAACUACAUGGAGAGAGGAUUUUGCAGCAGAUGAUUUUGUUUGUCACGGGACAGGAUACAUGUGGCAAUGGGAGCCGGUCCGAUACCCAUCCUCUCGCAGAAUCCGAAUUCAGAAGCAGUGCUAUCUUGAUUUGAUUUGGAGAUCUAGAGUCUUUAAGCUAUAUCGGAAUUUGACCGCCGUGUCAUUGCCCAGUCUGAUAUCCGGCAGCUGAAAGGCAUCUUGUUAACGGCGAAGAGGAGAGGGGGGGGAGAAACUGUCCGCUUCACUACUCUCCAUCUGCGCCCUGGACGGCAUAAAAUGAGGACGACAUCCCGGCUGUCUUCCGUGUGAAGAGGCAAGUGGGGCGGCUGUUUCUUUGGCUGUUAAGGACGCAAAAAUAGUGGCCGCCGGCCAAGCAGCGAAACAUGGAGCGGGACGACACCGACACCGUGAGCGUGUCCAAAAAGACAAUAAUUUCAAAGAUAUUUAAAGUUCGCAAGAGGAGGGAGAUGCUUUUCGUUCAGGUGUGCUUUAUCUGCAGUGUCCUCUUCGUGGCGUGGAGCAUGUCGGCGCUGUUGACCAAGACAGGCCAUGGGAUGUUAGUGGAGGGACAUCCGGACUCUGAACACUGGGGAAGACGGCUAAUGGCUUCAGUAGGAGACAACGAAACGGAGCAGAACUGUUCAGCGCCAGCAAUACACGAGUUCCCCACUGACCUUUUCACCACUGAUGAACGGAAGAGCGGGGCCAUUGUGCUCCACAUCGUGGCGGCACUCUACAUGUUCCUGGCCCUGGCCAUAACAUGUGAUGAAUACUUUGUGACAUCGCUGGAGAAGAUCUGUGAGAAAUUAGAUCUGAGUGAAGAUGUUGCAGGAGCCACUUUUAUGGCAGCUGGCAGCUCUGCACCAGAGCUUUUUGCAUCUGUCAUUGGUGUCUUCAUCACCCACGGUGAUGUGGGGGUGGGUACAAUCGUUGGCUCAGCAGUCUUCAACAUCCUUUGCAUCAUUGGUGUCUGCGGGAUCUUUGCUGGACAGGUGGUGAUUUUGACCUGGUGGGCAGUUUUCAGGGAUUCCUUCUACUACAUUCUGUCUGUUUUGGCUUUAAUUGCAUUCAUCUACGACGGCAAGAUAGUUUGGUGGGAGAGUUUGAUACUGGUGGUCAUGUAUGCUGGAUACAUCCUAGUCAUGAAAUUCAACACCAGCAUGCAGAGAUUUUUCAUGGGGUCGAAGUCGAAAAAGAACGUGGCCAAUGGUAACGCUGCGGCCAGCAGUGAGAUGGAGGACGGUAAUGCUAGUUAUGACUAUGUUUGGGAUGACGACCCGUCAUCGCCUUUGCUCUCAUCAGUCAAGCCCACCAAGGCUUACAGCCGUGGAUCAGUGGUGAUGGUGGACGAGAUCAUGAAUGACAGCCCUUCUAAGUUCAGGUUUCCAGAAGCUGGCCUCCGUAUCAUGGUCACCAGCCAUUUUGGACCCAAGACCCGUCUGCGCAUGGCCAGUCGCCUCAUCAUUACAGAGCGCCAGAAGUUGGUCCAAGCUGCCAAUGGAGUGGAGACCCAAGUGAUUGACGGGAAGGUAGAAAUCGAGAAUGGAAAUGUACCAGAGGACAAACCCACGGAGGCGCCGGAAAACGAUACAAUCUCACCGUUUCAUGUUCCAAAGGGAAUUGGAAGCAAGUUGAAGUGGCUGAUAUCCUGGCCUCUGCUGCUGUUGCUGUUUGUUACCGUCCCGAACUGUGCCCUGCCUCGCUGGGAGAAAUUCUUCAUGGCUUCCUUCAUCCUGUCCACUGUCUGGAUUGCAGUCUUCUCCUACUUUAUGGUCUGGAUGGUGACUGUAAUCGGGUUCACUCUGGGAAUCCCAGAUGUCAUCAUGGGCAUCACUUUCCUGGCAGCAGGCACCAGCGUCCCAGACUGCAUAGCCAGUCUAAUUGUGGCUCGGCAAGGUUUGGGAGACAUGGCGGUGUCCAACACUAUUGGCAGUAAUGUGUUUGAUAUUCUCGUGGGACUUGGUGUUCCCUGGGCGAUACAGACUAUGUGUGUGAGCUAUGGAUCAGAGGUGAUGAUUAACAGUCGGGGCCUGGUGUACUCUGUGGUGCUGCUGCUGGGCUCUGUGGCCCUUACCGUGCUGGGGAUCCACCUGAACAAAUGGAGGCUGGACGUGAAGCUGGGCGUGUACGUCUUGGUGUUGUACGCGAUCUUCCUCUGCUUUUCCGUCAUGAUUGAAUACAACGUCUUCACCUUUGUCAACCUGCCGAUGUGCAUGGAGGAGUAGAGCACAGCAGCAUGGCUCGGAUACCAAAACCUCAACACUCCAAUAGCAACCCCAAAAACUGAUCUUUUUGUUUUUUUUUCAAUAGUACUGGACCUAUCUGCAGACUUCUUUUUUUUUUUCUCUCUUGCACUCUUUCUUGUAAUCCUUUUUAGUACCAAAUAUGAGUUUAAUUUCCUCAAGAGGCAGUACACGGCGUACGAGUGGACUCCAUUCUGUCUCAUUUGUCCUCUUGUCACACGGUGCCGGCCCAUAAUUCCAAUUAUUUUGGGCAUUGCCUGUUAUUGCAGUAACGUCUUUAGUUCCUCUGUGCGCCUGUUAACUUUCUAUCCAUCUAGCAUGCCUUUUUAGAUGUCGGGGAUCUCCAAAAUCAGAAGUGCCCCUGUUGAUAGUUGGUGUGUACUUUCACUGUUUUCACAUUGUAGAUUUCCACACAUCAUUUCCAAAGCCUUUCCACAAACCAGUGUCUGGAAGAAGAAAAAAAAUCAUUUGAUUCUAACCAAAACCCCCACACAGCGAUAACUCUCCUUAAACUUCUUCCCAAAAUAAUUACAGUUACCAACACCCAAAGAUAAUAAGUGCACUCCUUUUUCCCCUCUCGACACCAUGGAGGAGGGCCUUGUCCUUGGCAGCUCCCCUCCUCCAACCUGAACCGACUCCCCUGGCAUGGCCUUUGGCAUCAUGGAGCAGAUACUGUUAGCACUUCACUUCAGAAACCCAACAAUUCUCAACCCUUAUCUGCUUGAUCAAAUCUGCUUUUUUUUUUUUUCUAAAAGAAAAGACAUUUUGGUCAGGACACUUUGUGUCAAGAUGUAUCGCAGUCCAGAUCAGAUGACUGUGAGGGUGUUAUGCAUAUGCAACACUGCACAAUGUAAACUUGUAAACACUUUUUUUGUUUUUGUAUUUAUUUUUUCAAACCAAGGUUCUGUCUAGAAUGAAAUACGGAGGAGAGCUUGUUGCAAAUAUAAGACAUUGCCUGUUUUUCACUGAAACCAAUUGCACAUGGAAAUGCUUUUUUGCUUUGUGCUGUAAGGAGAUUUGACCACUCAGAGGUAUCUGGCUGGUGCUGGCUACUCCACUCCAGCAUUAUGUUCAUUCAGCGAUGGGUCAGUCCACUUCUUCUGCACAACUUCAGAAAAAAAAAAACUGGCUCCCAAUCUGUGCAAUGCCAUGGAUUUUUGUCAUCAGUUGACUUGUUGUCAUCUUGAGACAGCAGCAGCAUGGAGGUCGUUUCGAAGAAAAUUACCAGACGGUUCUCAACACUGACUGUCUGCUUUAACAAUCUCUGGCCAGUAGAGGGUACCGCAGCCCCUCUACCUAGGGCGGGGUUGCCAACUACAGCCGAUGGUUAUCAGGGAUACUCGGAUAUGGACAACUUCAGGAGAUGGUGAUGGUCUCUUGAUUUUGAGUUACAUGUAGAUAUUGCACUUUAACAGUCGUCCUCUCAUUCUGAAUCAACUAGUGCUUCCGUGUGUGUGUGUGCGUGCGUGCGUGUGUCCCACACUGGGCUUUCAACUCUCCACAGACUGGAAACUCUUACAUGAGCACAUCUGCCUCUGUCUGCAGUGCAUGCUGGGACAUUAAAUGCAGCUCCUCCACAGCACAGCGAAAAGGCUGAGGGCUUCUGGGCGUCUCCAUGGACACCGCCCGACCCACUUUACAAAAAUCGGCAGCUACGAGCAGCACUGCAAUCCAGACAUUUUGACAUCAUGCAAAAAUGCCUGUGAGAAGUCCGUAAGUGAGGUUCAGAGACUAAAAAGCGUGUGCGUAGUGUUGAAUAUUCCUCUGCCAGUCGGUUGGCAGCAGGCACUUGUAUAUGCAAUCUCAAUUUUAAGAGUUCUAUGUGAAAGAAGGUCCCUGCAAGGUUGCCAUAUAAAGACGAGGGAUCCCGUGGAGAUGUGACGUUGGUUUGUUUAGUACUUGAUGUGUGAGCUCACAGGUGUGUUUGUGACAGCCCAAAAUCUGAGCCCAAAGGAUGGUUCUGAAACUGUGGCUUUGAGGAAAGUCUUACACACUCUCUCCUCCCCUUUUUCCCCUUUCUGCACUCAAGUUCCCUCUUACACAAGGGCAUUAACUCUCCACCAACCGAGCAGAGGGGGCAGCGGGGACUGCAUGGAUGGAUAGUUGUCCUCCGUCGUCCUGGGACGUCACUUUUUAAGAACCUGGAUAAGAGCAGACUUUAAAGAAUUCAAAAUAUAUAUGUUAAAAAAAGUCAGGACAUCCUUUAGCUGCUACUCUAUUAGGGUUCAAAUGGUUUUGUUUACUGGACACAUGUGACCACACAGGGCCUAGAGACUUCUCUUCACACCCACUAACUGCUUGUACACCGUCCUUUCUCCCUCUCGACCCUUUCAGCGGGUCUUCUGUCUGAGUUGAUUCAGAAUGUGCAGUGUUAUAGUUUUUUUCAUAUUUUUGUUGUUGCUCUGUGUGGUCAUGUCCCGGUUGCUAGCUUUGAGUGGUAAAACCCACAGCCGGGGGGGGGGGGGGGGAAACUGCUUUUUUUUUUUUCUGGUCACUUUGCCAGGCAGCGUACGUUCUCACCGGCUGUUUAACUCGCAUCUUUGUUACAAGUCACUUUUUUAAAGAGGGGGAAAAAAUGAUUAGAAUUCUGAUGCCAUACUUCGUCACAUACGUCGUAGCGCUGCAAAAAUCCAGAUUGUAUGGAAAUCCUGUGUACAAAUUAGGCGCGCGCGCACACACUUCAGAACCCACAUGUUACAAAUGGCAAAUGAACACGAGAGGACCAGUAUGUAUUUCUUGAUUGGAUGCGACCUGAUGCACUGUGAGCUCAAUGUGACGUGGGAGUUGUUUGUCAAGAAUAAUUGAU